GUUCAGCGAAUAAAAUCAGACAAAUCGGCUUUUUUUUCUUUUAUUGGCCCGUGGGAACACACACACAACUCCAUGAUUACAUGUCCGCCGAUUUCGUCCCGCAUCAUCUCCACGAUCCGCUUGACUUGGCCGGCCAACAGACCCUCGCACACACAAGCUAGACUGAAGUUUCUGAACCUGAACUCGAGUUGUUCAGUUCUGUUACUCUCUCACACACCCAAACAUAAUUACACACAACAGUUUUCUGUAGUAGUGACGACACGACAUCCAUGAGACCAUGAUUCGUAUGAAAUUAAUACGCAUGCUGGUCUUGUGUUUAUUUGAUUUUGAUGAAGAGGGUGCUUCGAUCUGUUGCAUGCAGGCCGGAGUCGCCUGCGACGGUGCCGCUGACCAUCUUCUACGAGGGACGGGUGCUCGUGUUUCAAAACUUCCGGGCGGACAAGGCCAUGGAGCUGAUACAGCUGGUCGGGUCUUUGUCAACCUCGCAGGCGCCGGAGAAGCCAGCGACCGCCGAGCCAUCAGCGGACCUCGACCUGCCGCCCAUGGCGAGAAAGGCGUCUCUGCAGAGGUUCCUCCAGAAGAGGAAGCACAGGCAGCAGAGUGGAUGAUAUAUAACAUACGCGCAUGGAUUGGCAGGAGCAGGACCACCGAUCCUUACCACAGGAUGACGGCAUCACCAGCGCCAGAGAACGAGUCGCUUCCGGCAAGCCUGCGAAAGAUGAGCCUGCUGCCUCAUGUCUGAAGCUCUGAAAACCUUGAGAGUUCCGGAUUUAGGAAGAAAUUUGAUGAGAAGUACUGACUUAUUAUGCUCCGGAUAAUAUAAGGUUGUCACGGUUUGAGAAUUCUUUGGGGCGCUCCAGAGUUCUUUUAUUAGUUAUCUGCUCUUUGAUCGAGGGCUCGGAAUCUGGCACCUCCAGUGUUCUUGAGCUGAUAGGAGGUAUCUUUUUCAUCUGUUGAUGUUCC